CGCUUCAUGCUGGAUUUAUUCAUUAGCAGCUAAGCCAUGGCCGCCAUAGUUCUGUGUGAGUCGUCUCAACUGUACAACAUUCUUAAUCAGCGCGUCCGUGUUUCGCGUGUUGCCGAAUGCAAUUACCUUUGUUUGAUUGAUGCACGAACUGAAGCGCAGUAUAAUUCAGGCCACAUCAUAACAGCUAGACAUGCUAAAUGGGAUAAUAGUGGCAGUUUAGUUUUACCCCUCAACACAGAGGUCGAAGGUAUGAGAUACAUUAUUGUGUAUGACGUCAACUCCAGCUCUGUGUCGGGUUCAGGUACGGCUCACAAGUGUGUUGAAACCCUGGCAAAAGUAAGCCUCUACCCAGUCUAUCUCCUUAGUGGAGGUUACAAGCAGUUCUCUGCACUCUACCCUUUCUUCAGAACACAGAGGAUUCUCUACACUAUCAAGGAACUGGAGAGCUUGCCAUCGUAUCCAGUGGAGAUCUUGCCAGGUCUGCUGUACAUGGGCGAUUACAAGCAAGCGACGACCCCUUUCAUAGUGAAAGAUCUGAAAGUCAGCGCUUUUGUCAACGUGUCAGACCAGAGUAGCAUCAUAUUUGAGAAAGGACACCGAAGUGUUCUAGACAUGCGAGUGGCAGAUAGCACACAGGCCAAUUUGUACAGCUCCUUUGACAAGCUCUGCAUGUUUGUAGGCCCGCGUCUGAAAGCAGGAACCAGCGUCAUGAUCUUCUCCAGCCGCGGAGUCAGCCGCUGCAGCACCGUCGCCAUGGCGCUCCUCAUAGGCCACCUCAAGCACUCGCUGAAGGACGCCUGGGCCCAUGUGCUACAGUGCAAGAGCAACAUGCAGCCAAACCGCGCGUUUGUGCAACAGCUCUCCGACUGGGAACUACACUCACUGGGACAAAGACUGACAGACAUUUCAGAGCCCAACUACUGAGGACGGACCCAAAGCUCCCUCCCACUCAAACAGCACAAACUGUACCACAAGCUUUUUUAAAUCAUGUUUUGCCUCAAUAAAUGUUUUGCCUCAAU